GGCAAAGCAGAGUUGAGCUGCGCGGGACAAUGAGGGGUGGGACAAAACUGUACUUUGCAGAAAAAAAAAUGUAAUCUUGCCUUUUGAUCACGGUCAAAGACAUCAACAAAAGGCCUCCCUUCGUGGGCCAACUUGUUCGAGCAACCCUCACUGGGUGCGAGCAGUCUGGCUCCGGGCUGCUCGUUUGUGUAUCGUUGUAGAUUUGGAACGAGAUCCGAGAUGAGAUAAUCUCACACCGCUGUGGCUGAGUCUUCCAUUAUUUUCACUUCUGUCUCACUUAAGGACCAUUCUCAAAAACAGCAGAUUUUGAAGGUCAGCGUCGUCUACAAACGCGAAGCAAGAAUGCGAGAUGUCUUUGGGAUCUAAACUCUUCAAUCGAGCUCUUCGCGGAGGAAAGAAAAUCGCUCAAGUAAUGGACACGUUGGGGUUUUAAACAGUGGGGACACGAAGUACACAUGGAAGACGUGCGGUGUUCAAACUCAUCACGUUAAGAGGAGCGCUCAGAAAGAGAAUGGAAGGCUUCACAGUGGUACUAGUUGAACUGCUGCUGUUGACGUCUGCUCACUUCGCAGAUUCCGAGAAUGACGGGAAGCUGCUGUGCGCAUGCGAGAAUGACAAAGACACAUGUGUGAAUUACACAUGCAGAGGCGACGUCUGCUUCUACACGUGGUUGAACGGUCGUGAGGAGAGGGGUUGCUUCUCCAACAAGAACUACAUGGAGCAGUGCUACAGUCGCUUACCCCGCUUCCACGUCAACUGCUGCAGAGAGAAUCGAUGCAAUGCCUUUGCAACGCCGCCUCCAAACAUCAAUGGCGAGACGACCACAAUACCGCCGCAGCAGCCCCGUCCGGAGCUGUGGAUCACCGUGGCUCUUCUGCUCCUUUUCACGGCUGCCAGUUUGUGUGGCCUGCUGAUCUUCCUGCGCUUCCGGCGCGUGCACUUCCGCCUCAAAAACGCAGAUGACCAUGACUCCACCAUGCUCAAGAUCUCGAACGGAGAAGACCCUACUUAUGGUGGUAUAUAUGAUGAGUUCUGCACAUCAGGGAGUGGGACUGGCCUUCCCUAUCUGGUUCAAAGGACUAUGGCCAGGCAGAUUUCACUUGUGGAAUGUGUUGGUAAAGGCAGGUAUGGAGAAGUCUGGCGGGGAACUUGGAUGGGGGAGAGUGUAGCAGUCAAGAUCUUCUCCUCCAGAGACGAGCAGUCCUGGUUCAGAGAGACCGAGAUCUACAAUACUGUGCAGCUGAGGCACGACAACAUACUAGGUUUCAUAGCCUCUGAUAUGACUUCCAAGAAUUCCAGCACCCAGCUGUGGCUCGUCACUCACUUCCACGAGUUGGGUUCACUCUACGACUUCCUGCAGUACAGCAGCUUUGAGCCCGAGAGCUGCCUGAAGAUGUGCCUGUCCGUGGCCUGUGGCCUGGUCCACCUCCACACCGAGAUCGUCAGCUCCCAGGGCAAACCAGCCAUCGCCCACCGAGAUUUGAAGAGCAGAAACAUCCUGGUGAAGAGGAACGGGCAGUGCUGCAUCGCCGACCUGGGUCUGGCCGUGAUCCACUCGCAGUCCAAUGACUACUUGGAUGUGGGCCACAACCCUCGUGUCGGGACUAAACGCUACAUGGCACCUGAGGUGCUCGAUGAGAGCAUACGAAUUGAUGUCUUUGAGUCCUACAAGCAAACGGACAUCUGGGCCCUGGGCUUGGUCUUCUGGGAAAUUUCACGCAGAACAAUCGUCAACGGGAUUGUGGAGGAGUACCGCCCUCCUUUCUUUGACCUGGUGCCAUCCGAUCCCAGCUUUGAAGAGAUGAAGAAAGUGGUCUGUGUGGACCAGCAGAGGCCCAUCUUGCACAACCGGCUGCACUCUCACCCAAUAAUGUCAUCCAUAGUGAAGAUCAUGAAGGAGUGUUGGUUCCAGAACGCACCGGCCCGUCUCACAGCACUGCGUGUGAAGAAGACCCUCUCCAAACUGGACCACGACAGUGACUUCAGUGUCAAGAAACUCAAGCAGGACGUCUAGAACGUACUCAGCAAGAUGCAGACUGAGGAAGCUUGAGGGACUUUUGUGCCCCAUUCCCGCGAGCAUGGUGGUGAAUAUCAUCUGCAUAAUUUCAGUUAAUGACUCACACACUUACUGCAUUUUAUUAAAACAAUAUCAUUUUCGGCAGUGGUGUCUAGACUCUUUUGCACCGAAGGCAAUUUGUCUUCCCCCUGAUCAAAAUUCCGGAAAAUCCUAAGAACAGACACAGAGAAAGACUUUUGCGAUAAAUAAGAGUUACUAUGCCUAUGACAGCACAAUGCUCGUUCUAUAAAAAGCACUUUUAACUUUUUAGCUGCACAGACACAUUGAGUAUGUAGUUGUGGAUGUACUGUAUCGAGAACACAAUUUGUUAUAAAAUAUUGGUGUACAUUGUUUCCCUCCCCCCAAGAUACCAUUUACAUCUCUUUCACUAUGUAUUUUGAAAUAAACUGUCUUUUUCAACUAUUUGA